ACAAAGCAACACACCAAGGAGCCACAUCGCGCUUAGCUGGGUUCCAAGAGAGAUAGCUACUAGGUACGUAGUGACUAGCGGUCACGAGCGCGCGCCCAUGGCUUCCACGUCGACGAGCUUCGUGGCCAUGGCGCUCGUCAUGGCCGUCAUGCUCAGCACGUGCCAUGCCGCGCGCCUCCUCGCCGACGUUCCGGCCUUGCCCACGCCGCUGCUGCCCCCCGUGCCCGUCGUCCCUACAGUCCCCGCCGUGCCAGGCGGCGUCGUUCCCACGGUGCCCACCGUGCCAGGCGUCCCGACGGUGCCGACAAUUCCCACCGUGCCGGGCGUACCGACGGUGCCCACGGUGCCAGGUGUGCCGACGGUACCAGUACCUGGCGCCGCCGUGCCAACCAUCCCGGCAGUUCCCACCCUGCCAGGCGUGCCGACUGUGCCGCUGCCGGCAGUACCUGGCGCCGCCGUGCCGACAGUGCCCACUGCGCCGAGUGUGCCGACGGUUCCCACAGUGCCAGGGGUGCCGACGUUGCCAAUGCCGUCCGUCCCUGGCAUACCUAACUUGCCGCUGCCGCCUAUGCCGUCCAUCCCCGACCUGCCCAAGGUGCCACUACCGCCCAUGCCGUCCGUCCCCGGCGUGCCCAAGGUGCCACUGCCGCCGGUGCCGUCUGUUCCCGGUGUGCCGGCCGUGCCAUAGUUCCUUGCACCUCCACCGUCAACGGACUACGCGUACGUACGUGCCCACGACCGUGCAUGCACGAUUUACAAGUGUAAUAAAACUGUAACGUUCCAUCCAUAUGGUUUCUGUAACUUUUUUUUUGAGCUGCAUAUGGUUUCUGUAACUUGGUAGUAGUAUUCGUUUGAGCAGCACUUGUCUACGUCCAAGUAAAAAAGAAGUACCCACUUGUGUACGUGUGUGGUAUAUCUUUUCGGUUGGUGCGUGUGGUGGGGAUGUGUGUACUGUAUGCUUGUACGUUUAUGUGGUGCAAGACAUUGUAUAAUAUUAUUUUCAUUUGUAUCAAUAUAUACACUAUUCAUGUAGAUAUAA